UGCAGCCGACCAGAGACGAAUCAGGAGCAGCAAUUGCAGUGUUCACAGCCAGGAUACAUUCUCCCCAGCUAUCCUCGCACCAGACCACACUUCAGGGCGUGGUGUACCAGCUAGAUGUUGCGCUGGAGAGCGUUGACACGCAGCACAGCGGACUAGUCUUCAUCUACGACAUGUCCAACUCUAAGUACUCCAACUUUGACUACGAGCUCAGUCAGAAGAUACUCACCUUGCUCAAGGGAGGAUAUCCAGCCAAGCUGAAGAAGGUGCUGAUAGUAACUGCGCCGCUUUGGUUCAAAGCACCCUUCAAGAUCCUGAGACUGUUUGUGCGAGAGAAGCUCAGAGACAGAGUUUACACUGUCAGUGUUCCACAGCUGAGUUCACACGUGCCGCGGCAAGCUCUGCCCACCUGGCUCGGCGGCACUGUGGCGGUAACGCACCAUGUGUGGCUGCUACACUGCCUUAAGUCGAUGGCCAACGUGCAACAACGCAACGGCCUGACGGACGGCGACACACAACUGGGGGAGUGUGGGGAUGUCAAGGCGGGAGCAUCACCGGCCGCUUCAGAAGAGGAUGAGGAGGAGUUGGAGAUAACAGCACGGACUAACAACACUGCGGAGAUUUGGCAACGUGGGGCCAACGAUUCAGGUGCUGCAUCACCACUUCCCCCGCCGAGCAGUGCCAGCAGCGGGUUUUCGGACGACGACUCGCUACACUGUGACACGACACAGGGCCUGUCUGUGGAACAGCUAGUUGCCGCAGUACAGACCAAAGGCCGCAGUGGGCUGGUAGCAGAGUACAGUGAGAUCAAGGCUAGGCCGCCUGACGGCUCCUUCAACCACGCCAGGCUGAGACCAAACCUGCCCAAGAACAGGUACACGGACGUGUUGUGCUAUGACCACAGUCGAGUACUCCUCUCUCAGCUGGACGGUGACCCCACCACGGACUACAUCAACGCCAACUUCGUCGACGGCUACCGCCAGAAAAAUGCCUUCAUUUCCACACAAGGGCCGCUGCCAAGGACGACAGGUGAUUUCUGGCGCAUGGUGUGGGAGCAGCAGACGCUGGUGGUGGUCAUGACGACACGUGCGGUGGAGCGUGGCCGCGUUAAAUGUGCACAGUACUGGGCCGAGACGGAAGGCGGCACGCAAACCCACGGAUUGUUUGUUGUCACCACACAGGCGGUCGAGCAACACCCUGACUAUGUCAUCAGUUCGCUGCUUCUGCACAACACUGUGACGGAUGAGAGCCGAGAGGUAAGCCACUACCAGUUCACAUCAUGGCCAGACUACGGUGUGCCACUGUCUGCCUUGGCGAUGUUGGACUUCCUCCAGCGUGUGCGGCUCAGUCAGGCUGCCAUGUUGGCAGCACUGGGCGACACCUGGGCGGGUCAUCCACGUGGCCCACCCAUUGUCGUCCACUGCAGUGCUGGCAUUGGACGCACUGGAACGUUCUGUACACUGGACAUCUCCAUCUCACGACUGGAGGAGACGGGAAACGGUGGAUGUGAGGAAACAGUGGAACGGAUCCGGUCCCAGCGUGCCUUCUCAAUCCAGAUGCCAGAUCAGUACAUCUUCUGCCACAUGGCCCUCAUAGAGUACGCUCUGAGUAAGGGACUGAUACCCGCACCCGAUCUGGCAGGUUUUGACAACGGUCCCAGCGAGGACUCGGAGUAGAGACUUGCCAUAUCGCGCUCUACACUGC